AUGGCUGACCAAGGUGCUAAUAACAACGUCCCUACAUUCAAACUUGUUCUUGUUGGUGAUGGUGGUACCGGCAAGACCACUUUCGUUAAGCGUCACUUAACUGGUGAAUUCGAAAAGAGAUAUGUUGCCACCCUUGGUGUCGAAGUUCACCCUCUCCAAUUCCACACCAACUUUGGUCCCAUCGUCUUCAACACCUGGGAUACCGCUGGUCAAGAAAAGUUUGGUGGUCUUCGUGAUGGUUACUAUAUUCAAGGUCAAUGUGCUAUUAUCAUGUUUGAUGUUACUUCUAGAAUUACAUACAAGAACGUUCCCAACUGGCACCGUGAUCUUGUUCGUGUCUGUGAAAACAUUCCCAUUGUUCUCUGCGGUAACAAAGUCGACAUCAAGGAGCGUAAAGUUAAGGCAAAGACCAUUACUUUCCACAGAAAGAAGAACUUGCAAUACUAUGACAUUUCCGCUAAAUCCAACUACAACUUUGAAAAGCCUUUCUUGUGGUUAGCUCGUAAGUUAAUCGGCAACCCUGGCUUGGAAUUCGUCGCCGCUCCUGCCUUGGCUCCUCCUGAAGUUGAAGUAGAUGCCGGAUUGAUGCAGCAAUACGACAAUGAAAUGGCCGCUGCUGCUGCUCAACCUCUUCCUGAAGAAGAUGAUGACUUGUAA